AUGGAACUUUUUCCAGUUUACAUUCUUUAUAGUGGUGAAUGGGAAGAAAACAAGUUUAUCAAUUUCGUCAGCGAUUGUGUAAUAAUCGAGUCGACAUUCAGCUACAACAAUUUAGUUGCGGCUAUUUCGGAACAGAUUAGGAUCGAUAGUGAGUUAAACGCAAUAGAGAUUAACUUUCUCCCAAAUGAUGGUUUGCCACCGAUUCUGAUUUACAACGACACAAGUGUUAAGGUGUAUAUCGAAUUAAAGAAGAAAAACUUGAAUUUCACUGAAUACCCCUUAUUUGUAACAGUGAAAGAGAUUUAUGAUAAUCGUUUGGUUGCUACAAGUUCCAGUUGUUUGGUUGUUACAAGUUCCAGUCGUUUGGUUGCUACAAGUUCCAGUUGUUUGGUUGCUACAAGUUCUAGUAGUUUGGUUGCUACAAGUUCCAAUUCUAUAGAUGUAUCCACAAUUGAUAGCACUGAGAUUAUGACUGAUAUCGAAUUGAUUGAAAACACGAAACUUAGUGAAAACACGGGUAUAAUAGAUAUUAUGUUGAACGAAUUUUUUGAGGAGGAUCAAGUUUAUAAAGAUAAAGAGACAGUUAUGAAUGUGAUGAAGAACUUGGUUGUACGCGAGAGGUUCCAAUUCAAGGUGAAGAGAUCAAGCGCAACAAGGUAUCACCUUAUGUGUGUGGAUGACAAUUGUGCUUGGAGUUUCAAAUCUUCUGCCGUUUUCAAGGCAAACAUAUUCAAAGUGAGAUGUUACAAUAAUAAUCACACAUGCGGCUAUGGUGAAAGAUACUUAACACAACGACAAGCUACUUCGAGUGUAAUUGCUAGUAUAGUCAAGGACAAGUAUGUUAAUCCAAAAAACGUUUACACAGCAAAUGAUAUAAUAGAGGACAUACAAAAGCAACACGAGAUUGAAGUGAGCUAUAUGAAAGUAUGGAGAGCUAAAGAGAUAGCAAUGGCAAUGAUAAGAGGGAGUCCGAGUGAUUCAUAUAAGGAGUUACCGAAGUAUUUUUAUAUGUUGGAGCAUACAAAUCCAGGAACGGUUACAAAGUUGCACAAAUCAGAAGAUGGAUGCUUUCUUUAUGCAUAUGUUUCGCUUUAUGCACCUAUCAAGGGCUGGGAGCAUUGCAGACCGAUAAUGGUUGUGAGCACGUGA